AUGCAAACCAAGUACGAUUUGACAUUCAUGAAUGGAUUCUUAACUAUCGGAUUAUGUGUUCUACUUGGCGUUGGUUUAGUUAGAAUGAUAUGGCCGUCUUUACCCGGAGGAGACUUAUUGAUGAGCGGCGGUGGUGCAAUAAUAUUCUCAGGUUAUAUUCUCGUCGACACCCAAUUGCUAGUAGGCAAUGGUGAGGUGCAAUUAUCGCCUGAUGAUUACAUCGGAGCGGCCCUGAACAUAUAUCUGGAUAUCAUUAAUCUUUUCAUGUCCAUUCUGCAGCUAUUGGCUGCCUCUCAAGACAAUUCAUCAUGA